UUCCGACUUCGUGAACCUAAACCCUAAAUUGAUAAACCCCAUUCCCGCCACUCAGCAACCUGUUUCAGCCAUGAACUUCCGAUUCCAGAACCUCCUCGGAGCACCCUACAGAGGCGGCAACACCGUCAUCUCCAACAACACCCUCCUCCUCUCACCCAUCGGUAACCGCGUCUCCGUCACCGACCUCAUCAAAUCCGAAACCACAACGCUCCCUAUCCAAUCCUCCUCCAACAUCUCCCGCAUCGCCGUCUCCCCCGACGGCACCUUCCUCCUCACCGUCGACGACCGCAACCGCUGCCACUUCAUCAACCUCCCCCGCCGCGCCCUCCUCCACCGCAUCUCCUUCAAACACCGCGUUGCCGCCGUACAAUUCUCCCCUGACGGCAACCACAUCGCCGUCGCCGCUGGUAAGCUUCUUCAGAUCUGGCGCACCCCGGGUUUUAGCACCGAGUUUUCCGCCUUCGAGCUCUAUCGAACCUUCGCCGAUUUCGAUAACAAGAUCACUUCCAUCGAUUGGUGCCCGCGUUCCGAAUAUUUGAUCGUAGGUUCCAAGGACCUUACUGCGAGAAUCCUGUGCAAGGAGAAGGUUAGGGAUGUUGUGAAGUACAAAAAGCCUUUCUCGUUGUUAGGUCAUAGGGAUACCGUUGUUGCGGCGUUCUUCGGUGUUAAUUCGAGAACCGAUAGGGCUUGCAAGGCGUAUACAGUUACUAGGGAUUGCUAUUUGUUUAGCUGGGGGUUUACUAGUGAUGAUGAGGAAUCACCGCCGCCAUCGCCCGGGACACCUGAUAGGGAUUUGGAAGGGGAUUUAACGGUUGUGGACAAUGGCGGCGUGAAGAAGAGGAAGGGGCCGGAAAUUGGGGAGGAGGAGGAGGAUGAAGGCUACUUGAGUAGAGGGAAGUGGGAGUUGUUGAGGAAGGAUGGUUUUUCGCAGGGGCACGCGAAGGUGACGGCGUGUGAUUAUCAUAGAGGGCUGGACAUGGUGGUUGUGGGAUUCUCCAAUGGUGUGUUUGGGUUGUAUCAGAUGCCGGAGUUCGUGUGCAUUCACAUGUUGUCUAUAUCCAGGGAGAAGAUCACCACUGCUGUUUUUAAUAAGCUUGGAAACUGGUUGGCUUUUGGCUGUGCCAAGCUUGGCCAGCUCCUUGUGUGGGAGUGGCGGUCAGAGAGCUAUAUAUUGAAGCAGCAGGGUCAUUACUUUGAUGUCAAUUGUGUUGCGUAUUCACAUGAUUCUCAGCUCCUUGCUACAGGAGCAGAUGAUAAUAAAGUGAAGGUGUGGACUGUUUCCUCAGGGUUUUGCUUUGUCACAUUGACGGAGCACACCAAUGCUGUUACGGCUCUGCAUUUCACAGGAACUAACAAUUGCCUGCUUAGUGCAUCUCUUGACGGGACUGUUCGUGCAUGGGAUUUAUUACGUUAUCGCAAUUUUAGGAUAUUUACAACCCCUUCAUCAAGGCAGUUUGUUUCUUUGGCAGCAGAUCAAAGUGGUGAGGUGGUAUGUGCUGGCACUUCAGAUUCCUUUGAGAUUUUUGUCUGGUCAAUGAGAACUGGUCGUUUGUUGGAUGUGCUUAGUGGUCAUGAAGCUCCUGUUCAUGGACUAAUGUUUUCCCCUACAAACGCUGUCUUGGCUUCAUCAUCCUGGGACAAAACCGUCCGGUUGUGGGAUGUCUUUGAUGGAAAAGGAGCAGUUGAAACAUUUUCUCACACACAUGAUGUUCUAACAGUGGCUUAUCGUCCAGAUGGAAGGCAGUUAGCUUGCAGCACAUUAGAUGGACAAAUUUAUUUUUGGGAUCCAAUAGAUGGUAUACUGAUGUACACCAUAGAAGGUUCUAGGGAUAUUGCUGGAGGUCGCUUAAUGUCUGAUCGGAGAUCAGCUGCCAACUCAAGUUCAGGGAAAUUCUUCACAAGCUUGUGUUAUUCAGCUGAUGGAAGCUACAUAUUAGCUGGAGGAAGUAGCAGAUAUAUCUGCAUGUAUGAUAUUGCAGAUCAGGUAAUGCUGCGACGUUUCAAGAUAACUCACAAUCUCUCAUUAGAUGGAGUGCUCGACUUUUUAAACUCUAAAAAUAUGACAGAAGCUGGUCCACUAGAUUUGAUUGAUGAUGAUAACAGUGACAUUGAAGAAGGUGUUGAGAAACAAACACGAGGGAAAUUAGGAUUUGAUUUACCAGGAUCCUCGUCUAAUCAUGGAAGACCUGUUAUACAAACAAAAUGCCUCAGAAUUGCACCUACUGGGCGGAGUUUUGUAGCAGCAACUACUGAGGGAGUUUUGGUUUAUUCUGUUGAUGAAUCAUUCAUAUUUGAUCCAACUGACAUGGACAUAGAUGUUACGCCAGAGGCUGUUGAUAAGGCUCUUGAUGAAAACCGACUAAGUGAGGCUUUGAUCCUUAGCCUUCGCUUAAAUGAUGACUCUUUGAUUAAAAAAUGUAUUUUUGCCGUUAGUCCAGCAGAUAUUCCAUCAAUUGCCACAUCAAUCCCUCCCAGAUAUCUUCAGCGAUUAAUUGAGGCACUUGCAACACUUCUAGAAAACUCCCCGCAUUUGGAAUUUAUACUUCGAUGGUCUCAGGAGCUCUGUAAAGCCCAUGGGGAUUAUAUUCAGAAUAACUCUAGAAAUCUUCUCCCAUCGUUGAAGUCUUGGCAGAAAGCAAUCACUACAAAUCAUCAGGAUCUAGCUGAUACGUGCUCUUCCAAUGAAUAUAUGCUGCAAUAUUUAUGCUCUUCCCUUGCCAAGAAAUGACAGUAACACAAGUUGGAUUUUAGCAGCUUUGUUCUAGAAACCUCGUCACACUUGCGUAUAAUUUAAAUAUGACCUGCUGUCUGCUGAGCAUCAUAGCAACCUUUGAAGAAUCAAGCAAGAUUUUGAUAUACCUUAGCCACAUUGCAUACUCAGCCGUGUAGAGAGCAUCCCAAUGUAUGUGAAGUAAUAUAUCCUUGAAUGAAGUUCCAAUUUUUGUUCCUGUAAGGUGACUUCUUCAGGUUUGUUCAUGGCCUAAUUGCAGCUCCUGACCAAGAAUCUUGCUAGUUACGCUCUACGCCUACGGUGACAUUCUGUGUAAAGCAGUGGCUGAAGUUCCUGCUUGUAAUUCAAUUAAAAAUGUUAGCGAGUCUUUUUGCCAAAAUUUUGCCGAAAACAACACUUUAUUUCAUCUAAGUUUUCGCCUUUUUUAUAAGUGUCAUGUCCUCAUUUGUUUUAUAUGAAAAAUUCGUUUGAUAUGUUAUAAAAUAGGAAUUAAUUUUA